AUGACAACGCCUGCUGUCGUUGAUGAAAAGUUUGAGUUGGAUUCUCCAAGAUCAUCAUUCAGAGAUGAGAAGAAAGAUUUUAUUACAGAUGGAGAUAGUAAUAGCCAAGUUAUCGUAGACGAUCAGCCUGCAGCAAACAGACAUUUAGAGGAAUUCCACUUCACCUGGCGUUCAUCUAUCGUUGGUUCAUUGCUCGGUUGUUUAGUUGCUGCCUCAAACACAUAUCUCGGUUUGAAGAUUGGGUGGACUUUUGGUGCUUCCCUCUUUGGUGCCAUCUUUUCAUUCGCUAUUCUUAAGCCUUUGUCCAGAGCACUCCCUCCCAAGUGGGGUGGUGGAUACUUUGGUCCCAAGGAAAACUGUUCUGCUCAAUCAGCCGCUACUACCGCUGGCGGUCUCUCUGCUGGUUUCGUCUCAGGUAUUCCUGCCAUGUAUAAAUUAGGUCUUAUGACUACUCCCCGUGAAGAUGCUGUUGCAUUAUUAUUGUUCACCAUCUCUUGUGCUUUCUACGGUCUUUGCUUCGCUGUACCUCUUCGUUCUCACUUUGUUGUCAAGCAAGACUUGACUUUCCCUACUCCCCGUGCUGCCGCUAUCACCAUCAUGUCUCUUCACGACACUGUUGAAGGCGAGAAGCAAGCCAUGAAGAAGGCCAAGUGGAUGGCUAUUUGGUUCGGUAUUUGCUUCAUCUGGACUUUUGCUGCCUACUGGCUUCCUUUCUUGGAUACCCUCCAUAUUCUCUACUACAUUGGUAAUGCUGCUGGCUACGCUCCUCUUGCCAAUGCUGAUGCUGUCUGGGGUUGGUUCUUCAAGUUUGAUUUCCCCUUCUUUGGUGCUGGUCUUAUGACUCCCGGAUCCACUGUCCUCUCCUUCUUCAUUUCCUCUAUCGUUAUCUAUGGUCUCAUUGGUCCUCUCUCUGUAAGCAACGGUACCUUUGUUGCUGCCUAUGGUUUCAAUGGAAAGGGUGAUACCACUAACCGUUUUUUCUUGUGGCCUGGUAUUGCUCUCAUGGCUCUUUCUGCCUUUACUGAACUCUUUGUUCACUAUGAUACUCUCUGGCGUGGUAUUAAGGGUGGCUGCGGUGAGCUCAAGCUUGCUUUCAUGCGCGGUACCAACUUCUUCCGUCGUGUUGUCCUCCGUUCUACUUUAUCUGAUGAACAAAACAACCGUUACAACUCUGAGAAGGAUGAAAAUGAGAUCUUUAGAGACGAUCAACUGGUCCCUGCUUGGUGGUGGGUCUCUGGUACUCUCCUUUCCAUCAUUUUCACUUGUGCCAUUAUGGGUGAAUACUUCGGUAUGCCCGUUUAUCAAUCUUUGAUUGCUGUCAUUCUCGGUUUCUUGCUCUCUUUCGUUGGUAUUCAAGCCUCUGGUGAGACUGAUAUUAAUCCCACUGGUUCCAUUGGUAAGAUGUCUCAGCUUGUCUUUGCCAAGAUGCCUGCUGAUAGCAUCAACCACGUCAUGAAGAACAAUUUGAUGGCUGGUAACAUUUCUGCCUCUGCUGCUUCUCAAGCUGUCGACAUGGUUGGUGAUUUGAAGACUGGUCAACUGGUCGGUGCCUCUCCUCGUUCUCAAUUCUUGGCCCAAUUCGUUGCCUCUUUCUUCGCCAUUGGUGUUGCUGUAGGUCUUUUCAUUCUUUUCGCUGAUGCCUAUCCUUGUAUUAUUGACCCCAAUAUCGAACCUCAAGAUUGUGUCUUUGGUUUGGUCGCUGUUACUGCUUGGAAGAACGUUACUCUCCUUUUGACUGGUGGCGGUGAGCCCCUAAGCAGAGGUUCUAUCAUCUGUACUGCUGUUUGUGCUGUUGCAGCUGUUGUCCUUCCCGUUUGCCGUCAUUUCUUCCUUCCUCAAAAGUAUCACAGAUACUUCCCAUCUAUCUCUGCCAUCGGUAUUGCUAUGAUUAACCCUCAACCCGAGGUUCCUUUCUCUAUGUUCCUUGGUUGGGCUGGUGGUAAGGUCUGGAAGAAAAUCAAUCCCGCUGCCUACGAUAAUCUUAUGUUCAGUGCUGCUGGUGGUUUAAUUGCUGGUCAAGGUAUUGCUGCUAUUCUUCAAGCUGUUCUCAAGAUUGGUGGUGUCGUGCCCAAUGUUGUCGUUGCUACUUGCAUCGACCAACUUGCUGAAAACUGUCCAUAA